GCUCAGCCAACGAAAGCAGCAAAGCAAAGAAAGCAAAGCUUGUUUCGCGAGACAAAGAGAGAGCGAUUGAGAGAACAGUCACUGGGUGUUUCUUUCCUUUUCGUGUUUUCUUUUUGUUUUGCGUACGAAUCUUAGCGUAGGCCGACCGUAGGAGAAGCUACAUUUCUAUCGCAGCGAAGAGAAAAAAGCCUGGGGAGUGAGAAGGAGUGAAGGAAAGAGAGGGGGAGUUCUUCGUCUUUUUCUCUUGAUCCGGGAUGACAGGAGCACAGAACUGGCAGGCUAUGGCGCGAUCCAUCCUAGGCUUCGCUUUCGGUGGUACUGCGCGGUGGUGGUAGUAGUUUAGUGCUUGUUCUUGCUUGCCUAGACUGGUGAGUGAUGAGAUUUGAGCGCCCACUAACUUGAUCGAGAGUGAUCGAGUGAGAGAGUGAGAGGGAGAGAGACGUGUGUGGUCUCGGGGUUCCAUUUCUUUGAUCCCUGGCUUGUCGGAUUCGCGGCGGCUAAAUCGUAUUGGUGUUCGCGAGAAAUUAGCGAAAUGGAUCACGCAAGGUGGGAGCUAUACCCGGCGGCGGCGCACGAGGAACAGGGGAGUCGCGAGGAAGAACAAGAACAAAUCGAGGAGGAGAACGGAGGGUUUGUGUCAAUUGCGCUGACGGGCGGCUCGGAGCUCGCGGAAUUCAAGGCGCGCUGGCGGCUGCCGCUCUUCUCCGGCGAUGGGCUUGGAUCGACCCAGCUGGUGGAACUGAGGAGCAAGUCGGGGAUUUGCGUGGAUUCGGUGGAGCCAUUCUCUUUCGCCGCCGCGGAUCCUAGGCGCGCUGCCGCUGCUCCAAGUGGAAACGAUGACGAUGGCGCCGGCGUGAACAGCGCCACCAAGCUGCGAUUGCUCGAGGGUCUCUCGGGGGCCGCCUCGCCGAUCGUGCUCAAGAGCAGGGGAGUGAUCCAGGCCGAGAGGCGGCGCCGGAUGAUCAAGAGCAACCAGGAGCUCUUCCUCAUGGAGUCAUCCAGGAAGACGAAGCAGAGGGCCGUGUCCAUGGAUGACACGAGCUUGAAUCAUCUCCACGAGCUCCACCACCACGCGAGGAAGAAGCUCACCAGCGUCGAUGAUUCGGCCAAGAACACGAAGAAAUCAUCGCCAAGCCUAUCGCCGGCGGCGCAACCACUGCCGCUACCACCGCCGCCAGGGAAUCCAGCGAGAAAUCACCACCAGCACCACCGGCGGCACCUCAGUAUCGAUUUGCGCGCGUCGCCAGCCGCCAAGUUCGUCGUCCAGGUGAUGCCAUGGGAGAUUUCUUCGCCUUCUUCGUCUUCCUCGCUCUUGGAUCGUCGCGAGCAUCCGGAUUCGAGCAGGAGAUCGAUGGGAAGCCACUGCUUCGUGCCAUUCAAAUGGGAGGAGGUUCCAGGCAAGCCCAAGAACGUCAGCGCGGCGGCGAGCACUGGCAAUGCUCUUCUUGAUCCUGGCGGCCAUGGCGCCGCGAGAAAAUUGCAGCUCCCGCCGCGGCUCCAGCACCAGGAUCACGAGCAGGAGAAGCAGCGUUCUCUGCAGCGAUGCUCGCCCACGAGCACGCUAGAUCGCACCGCCGUGGAGGGCUCUUCCUCGGCAUCCUCCCCAAGGAUCGAUGCGUCUUUCUCAUCCGCCACGAGCUCUUGUGCUUCCUCUUUCGCCGGCGAUGGUGAUCAAGCCCCGCGAUGGAUCAGGGCGCUACUGGCGCUGCACAUCUGGGAGACCGUCCGGGCGAUCUCUAGGCCGAGGAGUUGCGAGGACGAGGGAGGAGAUCUUGCGCCGGAGAUUCGCCAAGCCAAGAAAAAGAACGCCCUCGCCAAGAAUGUGGCCGAUUGUGCGGUGCCAUACCCAUCUUGGAGCCCGGCGCCGCUCCCGCGAUCAUCCUGGUUCCAGCGAUCGCCGAUCCGAAGCAAGAACAGCCGCGGCACGAAUUGGGCGUUUGGAAAGAUCGCUUGGAGGAGCUGCAAUAUGGUCAAGAGAGCCGUGAGAUUCCGGUGGUGGUCUUUGUCGCGAUCAUCCAGGGGUUUCCAUAGCACCCGGAAGAACACGCGAUCAUCGGCAACGAUCUACAAGCCUCUCUUGUGCCGAGUGGACGGCGAUUCCAGCGCUUUUGGAUGCUCCACUGCUAGAAUCUAAGAAGAAUAUUACUUCUGUUUAGCACUUGGCCUUACAUCGUGAUUAGUUUAAUUUGAUCCGUAGUUGACCUCA